AUGAAGAACAUUUGUUCUUUUCUUAUUGUAAUCCUAUCGGGUCUUUUUGCUCUUGGGAAAGCAGAAAUAUACAUUGCGACAGUUGAAGGCGAGCCCGUGACAAGUUAUAAAGGUGGUAUUGAUGGUUUUCUAGCCACUGCCGUGGAAUCUGAUUCUGAUGAGAAAAUUGAUGUCACCAGCGAAUUGGUAACAUCUUAUGCACACCAUCUUGAGAAGAAACAUGAUAUGCUUCUUGGAAUGUUGUUUGAGCGUGGGACCUACAAGAAGCUCUAUAGCUACCGUCAUCUUAUCAAUGGCUUUGCAGUUCACAUUUCUCCUGAGCAGGCAGAAAUACUUAGACGAGCACCAGGUGUGAAGUCUGUUGACAGAGAUUGGAAGGUGAGGAAACUGACAACCCACACACCCCAGUUUUUGGGGCUUCCAACUGGAGUAUGGCCAACAGGAGGUGGCUUUGACAGAGCUGGAGAAGAUAUUGUGAUAGGAUUUGUGGAUUCCGGUAUUUAUCCACAUCAUCCAAGCUUUUCGACUCACAAUACUGAGCCCUAUGGGCCUGUUCCAAAAUACAGAGGAAAAUGUGAAGUUGAUCCAAACACCAAGAAGGACUACUGUAACGGGAAGAUUAUUGGAGCUCAACAUUUCGCUGAAGCCGCUAAAAUGGCUGGCGCGUUUAAUGCCGAAAUUGAUUUUGAUUCUCCCCUUGAUGGUGAUGGACAUGGAAGCCACACAGCGGCUAUUGCAGCUGGAAAUAAUGGAAUUCCAGUGAGAAUGCAUGGAUUUGAAUUUGGAAGAGCAAGUGGGAUGGCACCUCGUGCUAGGAUUGCUGUCUACAAGGCCCUCUACAGAUUAUUUGGUGGUUUUGUUGCAGAUGUAGUUGCUGCCAUUGAUCAGGCUGUUCAUGAUGGUGUGGACAUUCUGAAUCUCUCAGUGGGGCCAAACAGUCCUCCAGCAACGACAAAGACAACAUUUUUAAACCCUUUCGAUGCUACACUUCUUUCAGCUGUGAAAGCUGGAGUUUUUGUUGCACAGGCAGCCGGAAAUGGUGGUCCUUUUCCCAAAACCUUGUUGUCGUAUAGUCCAUGGAUAGCAUCUGUAGGUGCCGCAGUUGAUGAUCGGAGAUACAAGAACCAUCUGACCUUGGGAAAUGGGAAAAUCUUAGCUGGACUUGGUUUGUCUCCUGCAACACAUGCAAAUCGAACAUUUACCUUGGUAGCAGCUAAUGACGUGAUGCUGGAUUCUUCAGUUGCGAGGUACAGUCCUGGUGACUGCCAAAAGCCGGAAGUUUUGAACAAGAAUUUGGUGGAAGGGAACAUUCUCCUUUGUGGCUAUUCCUUUAAUUUUGUCAUUGGUACUGCUUCAAUACAGAAAGUCUCACAAACUGCAAAGAGUCUUGGCGCAAUUGGUUUCGUUCUAGUAGUGGAAAAUGCUUCACCAGGAACAAAAUUUGAUCCUGUUCCUGUUGGGAUUCCUGGAAUCCUCAUUUCAGAUGUUAGCAAGUCCAUGGAACUCAUACACUACUACAAUAUCUCUACGCCAAGAGAUUGGACUGGGCGGGUCAAGAGCUUCAAGGCAGUAGGAAGUAUCGGGGACGGUCUGAAGCCUAUUCUCCACAAGUCUGCCCCACAAGUAGCAUUGUUCUCUGCUCGAGGACCCAAUAUCAAAGACUACACCUUUGAAGAUGCAGAUCUCCUGAAACCAGAUAUUCUUGCUCCUGGUUCUCUAAUUUGGGCUGCCUGGGCUCCUAACGGAACGGAUGAGGCGAACUAUGUUGGUGAAGGAUUUGCUAUGAUAUCUGGAACUAGCAUGGCUGCACCACAUAUAGCAGGAAUAGCAGCUCUCCUGAAGCAGAAGCACCCCCACUGGAGUCCUGCGGCUAUCAAAUCUGCCUUGAUGACUACAUCAACUACCCUUGACAGGGCAGAGAGACCACUUCAAGCUCAACGAUAUUCUGGAUCCGAUACUCUGGCUCUGGUCCCUGCAACACCUUUUGAUUGUGGGAGUGGCCACGUCAGUCCUAGAGCUGCUCUAGAUCCUGGACUUGUUUUCGAUGCAGUCACACGCACCGUGACAAAUGUUGCCCAGGAAGAAACCUAUGUGAUCACUGCAAGAAUGGCACCUGCAGUUGCCAUUGAAACCAGCCCUCCUGCAAUGACUCUACGACCCGGUGCAUCACGGGAAUUCUCUGUGACGCUCACUGUUCGAUCAGUCACUGGAUCCUACAGUUUUGGAGAGGUUUUGUUGAAAGGCAGUAGAGGGCACAAGGUAAGGAUUCCUGUCGUGGCCAUGGGUUAUAAUCGUUCAUACACGGCAUCUUCAGCAGUUGCACCUUUUCAUUCUCUCUCGCUCAUCUUCAGCUAUAUUAAAAUGAUAAGUGAUGGGGUGGUUCUAACUGCACCCUUAUCACUGGAGGGAGAGGAUUCUGAUGGAAAUUAUAGAGCUCCUAAUGUUCUUAAACGGAUUUUAAGUCUCCUUAAUAGUGUACGGCCAGGAUCUGAUCUCACUGGAUUUCAGUUGCCACCGAUGUUCAACCUUCCAAAGUCUCAGCUUCAAUGUUAUGGAGAAUCUGUGUAUUGCAACAGUAGUGACAUUUUGAGCAAAUUUGCUAAACAAGAAACUUCACUAGAAAGAUUCACAAGUGUCAUAGCAUGGAGCAUAUCCACUGUCCGUCCUUUGAUGUUCGGCGUGGCUCCUUACAAUCCAGUCAUCGGAGAGACUCACCAUGUCUCGAGGGGCACUCUUAACGUGUUACUCGAACAGGUUUCGCAUCACCCACCAGUGACUGCUCUUCAUGCAACAGAUGAGAAGGAAAACAUGGAAAUCAUAUGGUGUCAUUGUCCCCUUCCAAAGUUCUAUGGCACUAAUAUUGAAACCGAGGUGCAAGGAAAAAGGCAGUUGAAGCUCCUUGAUAGGAAUGAAACUUACAUAAUGAACUCACCAAAACUUGUGAUCAGAUUCUUCCCUAUGCCCAGUGUUGACUGGUUGGGAAACGUUACAAUCAAAUGUCAAGAAACUGGCCUUGAAGCUGAGUUAAACUACAGAGGCAACUCGUUUUUACCUCGACCAUCUGUCCACCGGUCUAUAAAAGGAAAAAUCUUCAUGUCAUCUUCUCCCAAGACUAUGUAUGUUGUUGAUGGCCAUUGGGAUAGAACUGUCACAGUGAAGGAUGUUUUCACUGAAAAAGUCACGGUAAUCUACAAUGCAAAGGAGGCGAUUUCAGGACUGAAGACUCCUAUUGUCAAUGACCCGAAGGGCAUUCUGCCAAGUGAAUCAACUUUGGUAUGGGCUGAGGUGAGCAAAAGUAUCCUUCAAAAAUGCUGGGCUAAAGCAAAAGAAGCAAAGACAAGUAUUGAAGAAAGGCAGAGAGAGCUUGCUAGAGAGGCUAAGUUAAAAGGAGAAAGUUGGAUUCCCAAGCAUUUCACUAUAUCUCACAGCAAGGAAACUGGAUGGGACUGCUUACCAAAUCAGAAGUUGGUUUCGCAUCACCCACCAGUGACUGCUCUUCAUGCAACAGAUGAGAAGGAAAACAUAGAAAUCAUAUGGUGUCAUUGUCCCCUUCCAAAGUUCUAUGGCACUAAUAUUGAAACCGAGGUGCAAGGAAAAAGGCAGUUGAAGCUCCUUGAUAGGAAUGAAACUUACAUAAUGAACUCACCAAAACUUGUGAUCAGAUUCUUCCCUAUGCCCAGUGUUGACUGGUUGGGAAACGUUACAAUCAAAUGUCAAGAAACUGGCCUUGAAGCUGAGUUAAACUACAGAGGCAACUCGUUUUUACCUCGACCAUCUGUCCACCGUUCUAUAAAAGGAAAAAUCUUCAUGUCAUCUUCUCCCAAGACUAUGUAUGUUGUUGAUGGCCAUUGGGAUAGAACUGUCACAGUGAAGGAUGUUUUCAGUGGAAAAGUCACGGUAAUCUACAAUGCAAAGGAGGCAAUUUCAGGACUGAAGACUCCUAUUGUCAAUGACCCGAAGGGCAUUCUGCCAAGUGAAUCAACUUUGGUAUGGGCUGAGGUGAGCAAAAAUAUCCUUCAAAAAUGCUGGGCUAAAGCAAAAGAAGCAAAGACAAGUAUUGAAGAAAGGCAGAGAGAGCAUGCUAGAGAGGCUAAGUUAAAUGGAGAAAGUUGGAUUCCCAAGCAUUUCACUACGUCUCACAGCAAGGAAACUGGAUGGGACUGCUUACCAAAUCAGAAGUUUGUCCCCCCCGCUCCAAUAAUUGUACCUCCGGUCGAGAGCCAUGACGGUGGAGGACGUAGUUAA